CUUCUGACAGCUGCCGCUGACGCCAUCGAAAGAGUCAUGUCCUCUUAUAAAGAGGUGACCGAGCUGGCUGGCUAUACAGCACGGGUACAUGAUAUGUUUGAAGUGUUCGAAGAUGUGCAGAAGGGAGUCUACAAGCGCCCAGGAGAACUGGAAGAAGAUAAACCCAAGAAGAGAGAUGUCAUCCAGCAUGGGAUCCGCAUUGAAGGGCCCCUGGAGAUUAAAGGUCGAGUGGUGGAUGUGGAGAAUGGAAUCAUCUGUGAAAAUAUCCCCAUAGUCACCCCAACAGGAGACGUCGUAGUGGCGAGCCUUAAUAUUCGGGUGGAGGAGGGGAUGCACCUGCUUAUCACAGGACCCAAUGGCUGCGGGAAAAGCUCUCUCUUCCGGAUCUUGGGAGGUCUCUGGCCAGCAUACAACGGGGUGCUUUACAAGCCCCCACCCCAGCAUAUGUUUUACAUACCACAAAGGCCUUACAUGUCUGUGGGCACCCUCCGUGAUCAGGUGAUUUACCCUGACACUGCAGAUGACAUGAGGGCCAAAGACUUCACA